AAUUAAAAGAAAAGGCAUUCUUAUCAGCCUAUAAAUUCUCCAUUUCUCUGUGUUUGCCAAGUUUGCGGUCCAUUCAAAUUCAAUCAAUAAUAAAACUGCUUCGCCAAAAUAAUAUCAAUUUUAAUUACUUUUUGCUCCAUCGACCACCGUAACCGUCGCUAUGGGAGGAGGAGCUGUCAUUAGAGCCGCCUCUAAGGUCGCGGGUAUCGGCGUCGUCAAUAGUGGCCUCCGAGGUGUUUCUGCUGUCCCGUCCAGUGUCGCUGAACAGUCGGUGCGUAACGCCUCACGUCCGGUGUCGGCGAUCCUCUCUUCGUCGCAGACUGGGACUUCAGAUGGCAUGGAAAUCGCUGGAGUUCAGCGUUCGGCUUGGGAGCUGCACGAUUGGGAAUUUGCUGGCGGUGAGGAGGAGCAGUUGCUCGAAUCUAGCGACCCGGUGCCAAGAGUCGUGUUCGGGCCGGCACCGAGCCUGCAGGAGGCGAAAUCGGCCACUAGUGAAUUGAAGGAUGCUCUGGAGAAAGUGUAUACAUCAUCUUCUCCUUGCACGGGAUCUGGUGGUUCAUUUGGAGGUGGUCAGCUGUCAGGCCUAACUUUGCGUGCAAACUCAGACUAUUUGGAGAACAAAAGCUGCAUCACUUGUGAGCCGAGAGCAACUUCUGCACCAAAAAAUGCGAUAAAGGCAUUUGCAUUGCUUAAUGAAAGUCCUGAAGCACAGUCUAUUGUUGCUUCCAUUGCUGCGGAUCCAAGCGUUUGGGAUGCUGUAAUGAACAAUGAGGCUCUUCAGGAAUUCCUCCAGUCACAGAAGACCAAAUCUGGUACAGAUGACGAGUCACAGGGUUUGGGCUUUCCAAGGGAGUUUGCUGAAUUAUCUGAUGAUGCAAGUGAAGCUGGAAAGUUUGAGAACGGGCCCAAGGAUAUAUUUGAGAACAUCAAACACACUGUGUUUGAGAUGGUGAACAAUGUCUCUUCUUUUGUUCAGCACAUUUUUGGCUUUUCCUCAGAUAACGUUUCUACAGCAGCAGAGGGAAAUUCUCGAUCAUUGUUUUUUGAUAAGACCCUGGGAGCAUCUUUCAUGGCAUUGACAGUGAUGGUUAUCAUGGUGGUGGUGUUGAAGAGAGGUUGACUUCCAUUUAGGAAGCUGAAAUGUAAAUUUGUCGAGUAUACAGAUGCUAUUUAAAUUUUCUGUUUGGAUACCGUAAAUGGAUGAUAAUAUUUAUGCUGAAAAAUUUCUAGUUUUACAAUAA